AUGCUGAAUUUCCCUCUCAUCUGCCAGCCGUGCCGGAAUGCGCUGUUUCGGCUGCUCAGCGGCUCAGGCUGCGUCAAGGCUGCUGAUGCUCAGCCAUCUGAGGUAGGCGAGGGCGCGAGGGAGAAUAGCUCGGGCUCCUUCAGCCUGGAGAUCGUGUCCACUUCGACAAACGAUCUUACCCACGACAUGGGGCAGACGGAACGUCUUCCGCGCGUUGCUGACACAGGACCGGGAAGGCAGUCGUCCUCUGAAGCAAGGCCCGGGUCAACGCCUUCCUCACCUCCGCAGGCGUGCGUGCACGUCUACCUCCGCCAGGACACUCGCGGAGGCCGCGGCUCGAGUUCUUCGAGGAACGCGGCAGAUGUGCAGGUCUUCGACACCUUCCUACCCAAAGAGGAAGCUAUGCAGCAGGGCGCAAUCGAGCCCACGAGCUGCCAAAGAAUCGUGAUGACCUCCCUGCUUCUGGGCACUUCCCUGCUGGUAAGCUGUGUCAUGAAGAGCAUCAUGGUCGUUUGGUCCGUGAUUGGCAGCACAGUAAGCUUCCUUAUAGCUUUCAUUCUGCCAGCGCUCUUCUGGUACAAGGUUGUCGGGCCAACGGUUCGGCCAUGGCGCCGGGGCGCUGCCGCGGCGCUCAUAGCCUUCUGCUGCGUUAUGUCCAUGAUCUGCUUCGUCCUUGCUUGUGCCUUGGCCACACGAUUCCAACUCCACAAGCAAACGCAGGAAGCUGAACAGCUGAAAUCAGUUCUGGAGGUCUGGAGUAACAUGUAUAAGCAAGAUGGCGGAUGA